UCAGGGGCUGCUGCCGAGACAGAGGCGGGCGCUGCUGGGGCGUUGGCUCUCGCCCGGUCGCCGAGCUGCUCUCCGGUGUGGUAAAGCACCGGGAUAACGGUGGCGGCGUGGCCGGCGGCACUAAGGGAAUCGGGCGCAGCUCGGCGGUUGCCCCCGGGGAACGUGUGGGUGCCGGGCCCGCAGCGCGCCCGGAACCGGCCGAAGGGGCCCAGCAUUGCGGAGCCCGGGGCCCCUGCGGAGCGGGCGGGGGCCGUGCCGAGCCCGGCUGCGGCUCUGCGAUCCCUUCUGGAAGGCGAGGUGCCUGCGGGCCGUCUCCUCGACAUUGCGCGGCCCCUGAAGUGUUAGUGCUGCCAGAAGCAAUAUAAUGGCUGUAUGGUCUCUGCUUUUAUUUUUCCUGAAACUUGGAGACCUCUUCUUCUUACUUUGUUUUGCUUUUCUCUCCAAAAGGUUCUUGUUUGUUGAGGAUAACACAUGCCAACUUGGGAGACGAGACCUAAAACCCAAGUUGUGAUUUUUAGUGAAGUUACAUGUGAAGGUCACUAUGAGGGCCUUGUAUGGUCAGCAGAAUUCACCUGGAGAGGAAAUUACAUUUGUCUUCCAGGAAAGAGAAAACCUUCCUCCUACAAGAGACAAUGAUGUGAAAGUACAAGUUCGAGCCUGUGCACUGAGCUGGAUAGAUACAAAGCUUCUGUCAGAAAUUAAACUAGAGAAGGAGCUUCUACCUGUUGGGCGAGAAAUUUCUGGAGUAGUAUUGGAAGUUGGAAGAAAGGUGACCUUUUUUCAGCCAGAUGAUGAAGUGGUGGGAAUUUUGCCCCUGGAUUCUGAAGAGUCUGGUCUUUGUGAAGUUAUUCUAGUUCAUGAGCAUUACUUGGUUCGUAAACCAGAAAAAGUUUGUUGGGUUGAAGCAGCCGGGACUGUCCGUGAUGGUGUCCGAGCAUACACAGCUUUACAUUACCUUUCCCAAGUUUCUCCUGGAAAAACCGUCCUUGUAAUGGAUGGAGCAAGUCCAUUCGGUACAAUAGCUAUUCAGUUAGCACAACACAGAGGAGCUAAAGUAAUCUCUACUGCAUACAGUCUUGAAGAUAAGCAGUACCUGGAGAGGCUUAGACCUCCUGUGGAAGGUAUACGGCAGCCUUUAGUGGCUCGUGUGAUAGAUGUGUCAAAUGGCAAGAUUGAUGUGGCAGAGAGCUGCUUGGAAGAGACAGGUGGCCUUGGAGUGGAUAUUGUUCUAGAUGCCGGAGUGAAAUUAUACAGUGCUGAAGAUGAAUCAACUUCAAAAUCACAGUUGCUGCCUCAUAAGCAUGAUAUCAUAACUCUUCUUGGUGUUGGGGGACACUGGAUAACAACAGAAAAAAAUCUUCAGCUGGAUCCUCCGGAUAGCCAUUCCUUAUUUCUUAAAGGAGCCACUGUCUCCUUUCUGAAUGAUGAGAUAUGGAACUUGUCCAAUGUACAGCAAGGGAAGUAUCUCUCCAUCUUAGAAGAUAUAAUGAAGAAAUUAUCAAGUAGCAUUUUCAGGCCUCAGCUGGAUGAACCGAUCCCAUUGUAUGAAGCCAAAGUUUCUAUGGAAAUAGUUCAGAAGAAUCAAGCAAGAAAAAGACAAGUCAUCCAGUUCUGACACACAAUUUCCUGAUUUCUAAGCCUGUGGAAGAUAAAGAAACGUAAUGUAUUUGAGAAGUAACUUUGUGUACACUUUCAAAUAAUUCUGUAACUGGAAUUUAGAUCUUUUGUCUUGUGAAACUCCUGUGACUUUAAAGUUUGGGUUUUGUUUGGUUUUUUUUUUUUAUCAACUUGAGCAGAAUGUUUCCAUCAGCAACUUCUAAAGAGGCUGUCUUGACAUACAAAUCUUGUCUGCCCUGCCCCAAUUACAAAUGUCAGUAAUAUCUACAGGCAAACUCAGUUGCUGUUGUUUUUCAAACAUAAGAAAUGAAAGGGAAAAAAUAAAUCUGGUGUGUUUUAUUAGUC